CAUCAUCGACUCCUCAGCGUCAAUUCGUGUGAUCGACCAAGACGAAGUCAUCAUCCCUCCUCGCCAUCCUCGGCGCCGUUGUGCCCGCCCUCGCGGCGCCCAAGGGCAUCGAUCGCCGUGCCGACACGGACCUCAUGUCCGGCAAGUACAUUAUCCAACUCAAGCCCGGCACCACUCUCGAAGCCGUCACCGCACAUCACAAGGCGGUUCGCAGCCUUCGCCGCCGUGAUGGGUCCGCAGGCACUGUGGAGAAGACGUUCCAGAUUGGCAACUUCAACGCCUACAGCGGCAGCUUCGACGACGCGACCCUCGAGGGAAUUGCGGCUCUCGACGAGGUCCUUUCCGUCGAGAUCGACCAGGCCAUCUUUGUCGACCCCACCGAGCAGGACUUGGGUGAUCUGUCCCACAAGGCUGCUGGCUCUACUGAGUAUGUCUACGAUAGCACUGCCGGCGAGGGCACGACUGCCUACGUCUUUGACACAGGCAUCCGGACUUCGCACUCUGAGUUCGAGGGCCGCGCCAGCUUCGGUAUCAACGGUGUGACCGGAUCGACCGUCUCCCCCGGCUCUAACUCCGACACCGACGGCCACGGCACUCACGUUGCUGCGACUAUCGUCGGCAAGACCUACGGCGUCGCCAAGAAGGCCAAGGUCAUUGACAUCAAGGUGUUUGACGGGUCUACGGGCUCCACCUCGGCUAUCCUCACCGGCCUUACAUGGGCAGUCAACAACAUCGUAAGUAAGGGCGCGCAGGGCAAGUCCGUUCUCAACAUGUCCUUGAGCGCCAGGAACGUCUCGGCCCUCGACGAUGCCGUCCUCGCUGCCUACAACCAGGGCAUCCUCACCGUCGUCGCGGCAGGCAACGACAACCAGCCGGCUACCGAUACCUCCCCCGGCAGACUACCCGAGUCUUUCACCGUCGGUAUGACGCGCCCCGACCGCGGCCGCGUCAACAUUAUUGAGGGAAUUUACGGCAGAUCCUACGGCCCCGAGCUGGACGUCUUCGCGCCCGGUCAGGAUAUCAUCUCAGCUAGCUACAGCUCUGACACGGGCACGGCGACGAAGACUGGCACCAAUAUGGCGGCGCCGCUUGUCGCUGGUCUGGUGUGCUACUUUAGAGGCGUGGAGGGCGGCUUCGGAACGCCCAAGGAGGUGACUGAUAGGAUCUUGGAGCUUGCUAUUCCGGAUGUUGUUGGUGACCCGAAGGGAUCGCCGAACUUGUUGGUCAACAACGGCAGUGGGCAGUAAGCAGGG